AUGACAACAGAAUUGGCGACGACUACUGUGGCUCCCACAGAAGCAGAGGUGCCAGGAGAGAUUGCCAAGAUCCUGUUCGGACGCCACGAUUCCGCCUCAUUCGUCGGAUGUGUCGGUGAUGUGUCGUAUAACGGAGAGCUGUUGGAUUUCGCAAAGGCCAAAAUCCAUGAAGUGUCGUUGACCGGCUGCUCACUGGCAGCCGAUCUCGUCAAAACUACAAUGGCAACAACAAAACAAACAGAAACGUCUGAAACAGUGCCCACGACACCUGAGGUGAGAUUUAUAUCGUUCAUGUCACCAAAGGUCGAAGACGCAUUCCACGCUGACCAAUGGGGCGGAGUCGCUUGA